AACGAUGCCAAGUACUUGUUGUUGUGUACUUGGAUGUCAUUUAAGAGGAGGACAUGCAUUUCCAAAUGACUUAAAAAGAAGGAAAAGUUGGAUCAACGCCAUGGCCCAUACGCAGAUUGGACGAGAACACGAUGAAAUCGUGGAGUCCAUCUCAAACAGCUGUUGUUUGCAAGGCACAUUUUACUGAAAAAGACUACGUGCAGGAAACUAUUCAUGGGCACAAACCCACCAUACAGAGACUUAAGUCUACUGCCAAUCCCAGCCUAUUUUCCUGGACCAAGCAAGAGACUGAAUCGUCCGCAAAAAGAAAAAUCAGGGCAGUUUCCUUCGAAAACAAAAGAACUAAACUUGAUGAAUAUUGUAGUAGAAAUCUAGAGGAAAGUUUUGAUUGUAAAGUUGGUUUUCCUGAAGAAGUAAUUCAUACUGCAGACAGGAUUUAUGACUGUCCACCACCAACUGCCGAGCUAAUGUUGAGCUUCACAGAUGGAAUUACGCAAACACCAUCAAUGCCUAUAUUUUCAGCAGAGAAUUUUGAAAUGAAGACACGUGACACAGCCAUGCAUUUUUAUACCAGUUUAGAGUUGUAUACUAAAUUUUUAUUUGUUUUGAACACACUUGGUCCAACAGCACAUUGUUUGAGAUACAUAUAUUUUCAAAUUGAUAGGGUGUCAUUUGAAAAUCAGUUUUUUUAUGACUUUGAUGAAAUUGAUGCAUUAUACAACCAACUUUGAACUGUCUAGAUUCUAGAUUGAAACUAGUGUUAAGAAUAUUGUGUAAACAUGGAUUGUUUUUA